AUGGCCCGAGCCCUCUUCAAGUGGGUACCUCCGGCGUUGACCGGCCCUCUUAGUUUCCAGAUAAGGAAGCCCACGGCAGUUCGUAGAUGCGGCCCGGCGACCAUCAAGGCGUUCUCGAGCGGCGGCGGCGGCGGUAGGAACUAUCUGCAGCUGACGGACGAGGAACUGAUGGGGCAGUGCGAACUGGAUAUGUUUAAGUCUUCAGGUCCAGGAGGGCAGCAUCGCAACAAGAGGGAGAGCGCCGUCCGCCUCAAGCACCUUCCCACCGGAAUCAUCGCUCAGGUGCGGCGUCGCCGUGUCUGGUACCAGGCGUAUUUCCGGAUCUUUCUCCCGCAUCCACGAUACAUUGAGAUGUUGGUGCGAAGUCAACUGCGUCCGAGUACCGACCAGUUUCUCAUCACUCGGUGCACAAUUAUGCGCGUCGUUGUGGAGAUGCCCAUGAGCCCUUGUACCUGUUUACUUCUAUUCUUCCUGCGCGUUUGGUGAUUUUCUCUCUCGCUUCCAUUGCUCUUUCUUUUUUCAGGCUGUCGAAGAUCGCUCGCAGCACAAGAAUCGAGCAUCGGCCUUAGCGCGUCUGCGGACGAUGUUAGCACUGAAAGGUUCGAUCUCUAGGUUCCUCUCUCUUCCCUCGUUAUGAAAAAAAUGGCCGAAACAGCUCAUGUUUAUUGAUCUUGGAAUGGAGAAUUAGAAAAAACCAUCAAUUUAUGUUUUUUUUUUGGUUUUUGUGUGGACAAAUGUAUCCUCUAUCAGAAAUCUGGUCUUCUUUUAUCUUCUCCAUCUGCAAUGGCAGAUGUUGUGAACUAGAACUUUUACAGAAAGAAGAAAAUAUAAAUCUGUAGUAUCCGAGACUCCUUUGGGUAUUUUCAUGGUGAUCCCUUUGGAGCUUCGUUUUAAUAUGCGUGAUAAAUGUGGAAUCAUCCGAGUUUCCUAAUUUGUGAAUUUUCGUGAUGAUUCUGCAAGAACUUUCAUUUUAUCCCGGGUUUAAUGUCGUAUCAUGGAUUAUUUUAUUUAUUCAUCAUCUUAUAUUAUGGGUUUGCGCGAUCUCAUGAACACAUGUAGAUUUGAUUCCUAAAAUGGAAUAACUCUCACUGCUCACUAAAAGCUUCCUUGAUUGGACUAGUCAGGAGGGCAAUCGACUUGGAUCAAUAUGAUCCUCCCCCGGAGCUGAUCCAGAUCCUGCCUGCGAAAUCUACGAUUAGAGACUCGGAUUCCGGCCCUCGAAUUGGUCCUAACAACCCAAAGUUUGCCCUGGUACUCUCAAUCAAGCCGCUCUUUUAAUUUUGAAGAAUUAUGAAGUUUUCCGUGAUCCAAUGACCCCGUGUUCUUGUUAUCAUAAGCAGGGAGUGCAGGCUUUACUCGACCUGAUUUAUGCCGUUGAAGGCUCUGUGUCAGAUGCAGCAAAAAAACUAGGGUUUGUCAUCAGUAACCCACCCCCCUCCUUCCCUCUCUGCUAGAGCAUUUUCUUUUAAAAGAAUUUCAUGUUGUACCAUGGUUAAAUUGCUAUAAAAAACUUAUAUAUUUCCAAGAGGGAAGCUUUUAUGCAUGCUGCAUGAUUUUUCAAAACUAUCCGCAUGAACACAGACUGCUCUCCUUUCUUAAAACCCUGCCCACUCAAAUGAUUUGGAUCUCUCAAGAAUAAUCUUUGGUGGGUCUUCAGCUACUUCUUUAAAGUGGGUUUUCGUAUAAUUGAGAUGAAUAACUUCAUUUGGCUAUAUUCUGGAAAAAAAUCACUGUCAGAUCACUGAAGAACCAUUAGGAGUAAUCAUCAAUGUUGAUCCAUCCUUUACUGGGUUUGUAGUUGAUCUUCCGUGAGAUCUCCUCCAUGCUGCAAAAUCCUUGAUUUUUCAUAAGAUCCAUAGAAUGAUGACGACCUGUUCUUAUCUCAGCUCAAAAGCAAUCUCCUUUUCCAGCGGAUCCCUUUGCAGAAUUUUCCUCGAUUAUGGGAGUUUCUUCCCCAAGUUUGAUCUUAAUUUUUAUAUUCUGAAUGGCAGUCUGAGCACGGGCGCUUUGUCCCGGUUGGUUCUGUCGGAUGACUCUCUUCGAAUGGCCGUGAACGAGCUGAGAGCUGCCAAGGUAAACAGCUGAGAGGACUCGGAGGUUUCUCAGAGUGUUGCCAAGUGACGAGCCUUUCUCUUUGAAUUGGCGCAGGGAAUGAGACCUCUCAGGUGA